AAUGCGUUGCUGAAGGUUGAGUCAGCCUGAAGAAAGAUACAAGGUUGAGUCAGCCUGACAAAAGAUAUUGGCCGCCUGGGUCUGCAUGCAAUGUGCUAGCAGGAUAUAUGGCAUGUUUGGAGCGCUUGCAGCAACGCACAGCUUUUGCGCCGUGCCCAUGAUAGCUAUGGGCCAAGUCUGCGCACCACACAGCACCCUCAGCGUAGCCGUUUCAUCUCAAGCCGCAAGCAGAACAAAGAAAGCACAGGGCGUCAAAGGGCCCAGCUUAAACACCGCGGGCAAGCCGGGCGUGCUCUCGGCGAAGCGGGCAACGAAGCAGGUGUCUGCAUGGCCUGGUGGGGUCGUGAUGACGAUGACUAUUCCCUUUCCCCGAAGAGUCGUCGGACGAACACGGAAGCAGACUUCCAAGUGUCCUUCCGCGAGUGGAACUCCUCUACCUUAUUGUUUCUGGGGGUGGUGCUUGGUGGAGCACUGCUGAUUGCCGUGGUUUGCGCACCUCGCUUGGGCGCAUCGGGCGGCUAUGCACUCACGCACUCCAUGGUAGGCGAGAAGUUCUUCACGCACUGGUCCUUCUUCGACGGGCCGGAUCCCACACACGGUGUGGUCGAAUUCGUGACCUUCGAAGAGGCGGAUCGGCGAGGCAUGGUGUCCGCAGCCUUUGACCGCGUCUUCAUUGGCACAGAGGCUACGGAGGUGCUGAGCGGUACGCAAGGCCGCAAGAGCGUGCGAAUAGAGUCGAACGAAUGGUUUGAGGACGGCCUGUUCAUCCUUGAUGUUGACCAUGCGCCCAUUGCCUGCGGCGCGUGGCCGGCGUUCUGGAUGUACGGGGAGGAUUCGCAGCAUGCAUGGCCCCGAUGGGGGGAGUACGACAUCUUGGAAGCCGUCCACAACCAGACGUUCGCCACGACCACACUGCAUACGAGAAACAACUGCGACCAGGCAGAGGUGAACAAGGACCUCGACUUCAAGGGGAACUGGGUGAACGGCCAAUGGGGACAAGAAGCCAAGAACUGCUUUAUCCAGGCCAAAGGGGAGUUCGAGAACCAGGGCUGCGGGCAGAAGCAGCCUGCCGGCUCCUGGGGCCGACACUUGAACCAGGCAGGGGGCGGCACCUGGGUGGCGGAGUGGGACCCGCAGAACCGGGACAUCCGCACCUGGUUCUUUCAGCGGGGUGAGGAGCCCGCGGACCUUCUGUCCAAAAAGCCGAGGCCGGAGACUUGGGGUGUGCCCACGUCCUUCUUCACGCUUCGCUCCAAGUUCUGCAGUCCCGAGCACUUCAAGCGCAUGCGUCUUGUGUUCGACAUCACCUUCUGUGGUGAUUAUGGCACUCCGACCAUGAAGACCAAUUGCCCCUACGCAGGCAAUUGUGACGCAUAUGUCCGCAACAACCCACAUGUCUUCUCAGAGGCAUUUUGGUCCAUCCGCGCGCUGGAUGUGUACCGCCGGCCGCAAGAGAGGCAUGGGGUGAUCUCCGCCCCCCUUGGUGCGUAUUAUGAGGUCCUGGGAGAACAGGAGGGCAGUGGCUGGAUUUUUUUUGGCCUCAUCUUCACAGUGCUGGGGCUGACUGGUUGCGUGACCGUCUUCUACAUUCUGUCGCAGAAGGCUGCAGAUGACAACAAGUCACUGAUCGACACGCAGAUUGACGGGCUGUCCACCUGCGCAGUGAAGAUGGAGGACCUAAAGCAGAUGGAGCUGGUGGUGCCUGACCAGAUUCAGUCGUGCACGGACGUGAACCUCGAAUCACUGCGCGAGGGCGAGGUGCAGCUUCGCAGCGGCGUCGGUCGGCUCUUCGGCGAUGGCUACGAGCGAGUCUCGCAGGGCGCCGGGCGUGCCGGUGCGCAGUCACGAGGCGAAGCUCUGGCCUACCCCCAACGCGGUCAGGCGAGUCAGAGCCAACAAGGGGGCCUCCUGGGAGGAGGGGGCCUGUUUUCUGUCUUUAGGGCGAACCCGUCCAGCGAGAACCUGGGUCAGAGCCCCACGCGGAGCCCACAGGGGGCGAACUACCCCAUGCGGACUAACCCACAGCCCCAGAGCGCUUGGAGCUGGUGGGGUGCCCCCAGUCAGCCAGUGCAGUCACAGCCUUCAGUGACAGGCCGCACCAUCUCUAGCUCCAGCUCCCAGCAGCCGGUCUGCUUCUGGCCCCAGGGCCAGGCCGGCCAGCUGGCGCGCGCCCAGACGCCUCCCAUGGGUCCAGGUUGGAACCGGGCAGCGAGCCCUGCCCACAGCCGCUCGCCCUCGCAGCAGGGCUGGUCGCUUCCGCCAACCAUCCAGGCCAUUGGCCAAGGAUUCCAACGAAGCUGGCCAAUGGGAACCUGAGAAAGAUCCGUGCCAUGAGGCAUGGAGCGCUGAGAAAAGGCUCAGAGGAACACUCCUGUUGACUUGUCCACGUGGCCCCCCUCGUUU